AAUUUAAGUGAAAAAGCUUCUCUUUUGUAAAUUUUCUCAUUUCAUUCUAUUUACUAAGCAAAGGACAAUCAUAAUGACUUCUACUUUGAUUGAGUUUGCGGUCCAAAUGACCUGUGAAAGCUGCGAGAGGAAAGUUCGUAACGCUCUUAGAGAUUUGAAGGAAAUCGAGAAGCUUACUAUAUCUGUAGAUAAUGGUACAGUACUGGUUGAAACAUCACUCCCAUCAUCAAUUAUUCAAGAUAGAAUUGAAUCAACCGGAAUGAAAGCUGUCCUGAAGGGUUUUGGAUCGAGUAAAGAUGGCAUCAGCAACAAGAUGGCAGCCGUGGCCAUGCUGGGCGGUAACACAGGCUACGGUGCGGGGUCGGUUCGCGGCAUUGUCAGAUUCGUGCAGCUGGACGACUCGUUGUGUGUGGUUGAGGGCACAGUUGACGGCCUCGACCCUGGAGAGCACGGCCUGCAUGUCAAUGAGUGCGGAGACAUCACCAACGGAUGUGACAGCACGGGAGAACAUUUUAAUCUGAAAAAUACUAAUCACGGUGCACCAGAUGCUGACGAAAAUAACAGGCACACUGGUGAUCUAGGAAACAUAAAGGCGGACAGCGACGGCAGAGCAACGUUCCGAUUGGUGGAUCGCGUGCUGAAGGUGUGGGACAUCAUUGGUCGGUCAAUUGUCGUGACGGCCGGCCGGGAUGACCUGGGAUUGGGCAGCACUGCGCAGUCGCCGGUCGACGGAAAUAGCGGCGAGCGAUUGGCCUGUGGCAUUAUCUCGCGGUCGGCGGGAGUUUUCGAAAAUUCGAAAAAAAUCUGCGCCUGCGAUGGCCUGACUCUGUGGGACGAGCGGGAGAAACCGACCACUGCAAUACCAUCGAUACCAUCUAGCAGUUUGUGUACUUAUCUGUAAAGUGCGGCCGAUGAUAACCAACACAAAAAAUGUUUAUGAUUUACUCUAAAAUAGAAACAUUACUUGAACAUCACAGGAACAAAAUCAUUCUGAGCUUUAUGAUGGAAAAAUUAUUUGGAAGACAAUAAUAAUGACUGUUAUUCGACGAUGAAGAAGGCGUAAUAGCUGGAAUAUCUGGUCGUACAAGUGAGUUAUAGACUUUAAUUCUCAUUGAAGAAGGAGAUAGCUGGUAAUCUUAUUUUCUCAGGAAAGCAUUUUGGUAAUAAUAACAGUUCUUUUUGGAAUCCCAAAUCGUAUAAAAAGAUGUUUCCCAGUAUUUUGUGGAGUAGUCUCGUAAUGGUGUGGUUGGCUGGAACGAGGUGACUUGGCUGGCUCUGGAGGUACAGUCCUGGAAUGAAGCAGGUGAUGAGCAAGGCCCUGGGCCAUCGGCUGAAGGGUGCUAUCGGGUAACAAGAGGCAGGCAGUGUCGGCACUGGGCAAGCCCAUGCCAGCGAUGUCCGUCGCCCGCUGGAACAGCGAUUAGGGUACGAUGAGGAUGGGGUUUGUGGACAGCGCGAAGAAGGUGUGUGAGACGUAGGAGUGGUCAGUGAGUCGGAGAGAUAGUCAGUGAGUGUAGGCUUGCUGUUCACUUUGAUCACGUGUCUGGUGCUACAGUACUGCAGUUUGUGGGCGCGGAAUGUUUUCAGUGUGAGAAUCUGAUGUCGCAGUCCUGACAGUUGCGGUAGACUAGAUGCGGCGAGGUGGCGUUGGCAGCGGGUCGAGCGUCGCUGUCUCGGGUGCGCUGCUGUUGCUGUGUGCGGCCGGCGACGACGCAGAGUUCAUCACCAUGUGGCGGUUCAGGCUGACCUUCUAGGCGCCGUAGGAGCUGUGCGGGCAAGGGUAGGCCUUGCCCACUUUGCGCGUCUUUGUCGGAGGCUCACUCGCGUUGCUAUCAUUAGUGUGUCGUUAUAAGUCUUAUUUUCAUUGAGGAAGAGUUCAACUGUUGUAAAUUUACUCGUAGAAGUAUUGCAUAAUUUAUGGUUAUUUUUAGCUUUUUUCAAAAAUUGUUUUUAUUAAAUUUGUGUCUUUCACGUUCCAUGGUGUUGGUAAUAGUUUUAAAAAUAUUUUGUAAUUAUAAGAAACUCAAAGAGUUGUGGUGAUGAUUGAAGAGACUGAGAUUAGCAACUAAUCACAUUGUGGUACCUGUAGUGUAUUUUAAUGAUUUAUGUUUAAAUUGCUAUUUAGGUAAUAAAUUAUUACGUAAUAUCUGAGAUAUAGUUGUUUUAUUUUACUAGAAAACUCUGAACGUUUUUAAUAAUUAUUAUUCAUCUUCAGUUUCAAUCCUUGGAAUUGGUUUAAUUAGAUCCAUAUUUAGGUUGGACCCGUGGAAAUAAUUCUAUUUCGCAGUGUAAAUAAUAUUUAAGCAUUGAUUUAUUAAUUCAAUAUAGAAGUAAAUUUAUUCAACCAUAUUCAAAUUAAUAAUUCUACAAAUUGGUUUAAAUCUAAUGAUUCAUAAGAUAUAAAUUAAUUUUAAUGAAACCUCAUGUGCACUGUAUACCUGUAAAGUUAUUGUAUGUACAGCAGUAUUAAAUAUAUUGCAUUUUGAAUGUAGCAAACCACAAUGUAGUAGGCCUACCUAUAGUAGUAAUCAAUAAAUUAGUCAUGCUUUGGAAUCUCCGGACAAUGCACAUGAUUAUGGGAACACUUGAAUUUGAGAGAAAUAAAGACUGUGGUACUAAAACCAAUGGUUUCUAAAUGAAUAAAUAAAUUCUUUCAUUUUCACCCCAUCAUUGGGAUUAUUUAUUUUCGAGUGGAUGAAUGACAUUUUAAAAUAAAACUUAAAUUCAGUUCAAGUCACUUAGUAAUAAUAAGUGAUUUGAUUUGAAUGGCCUGUGCUUAUUUUAAAUUGCAGAUUGUUUACGUGCAGUAAUCUUUAAUUUCUCUGUACAGUGACAACAGUUUAGUAUACUUUCAGUGGCUUCUCCCAAAGUGAAUUCAAUUUAUAAAUUUACUCACAUUUUUUUAGUUGAAUUCUUUUAUCUCUAUAGAGCUAAUUUCUUGUAUAUAUUUGACUAUAUUUUUGUAUCUGAGACAAUAUUCCCUAAUUUGUUUAACGUGUACUUAUCAUUAAAAAAUUCUUUGAAACUGAAAA